AUGAAGCCGGCGGUGCUGGAAGUAAUGAGGAUGAACCGGGUGUGCAGAAUGGUCCUGGUCACUUCCGUGGGCUCCUUCAUCCUCGUCAUCUUCUAUUUCCAAAGUAUGUUGCAACCAGUAAUGCGUAGAAAUCCAUUCGGUAUGGACAUUUGCUGCCGGAAAGGAUCCAGAAGCCCACUGCAGGAACUGUAUAAUCCCACCCAGGUGAGUUUGUCCAACACAGCAAUUCUUCAUCAGAUUAGACGAGACCAAGUGACAGACACGUGCCGAGCGAACAGUGUAUCUAGCAGGAAGCGCCGCGUGCUGACACCCAACGAUCUCAAACACCUGGUCGUGGAUGAAGAUCAUGAAAUGAUAUAUUGCUAUGUUCCCAAAGUGGCCUGCACAAACUGGAAGAGAGUCAUGAUGGUUUUGACAGGAAGAGGCAAGUACAGCGAUCCGAUGGAAAUCCCAGCCAACGAAGCCCAUGUGUCUUCGAACCUGAAGACCCUCAACCAGUACAGCAUCCCAGAGAUCAACCACCGCUUGAAAAACUACAUGAAGUUCCUCUUUGUUCGCGAGCCUUUUGAGAGACUGGUGUCAGCCUACAGGAACAAGUUCACCCAGAAGUACAACACUUCCUUCCACAAGCGAUACGGCACCAAAAUUGUGAGGCGCCAGAGGAAAAAUGCGACCCAGGAAGCUCUGCGUAAAGGCGAUGACGUGAAAUUUGAAGAGUUUGUGGCAUAUCUCAUCGACCCACACACCCAAAGAGAAGAACCCUUCAACGAGCACUGGCAGACUGUGUACUCCCUCUGCCACCCUUGCCACAUCCACUACGACCUCAUAGGAAAAUACGAAACGCUCGAAGAGGAUUCGAAUUACAUUCUCCAGCUGGCGGGAGUAGGCAACUACCUGAAGUUCCCCACCUAUGCAAAGUCUACCAGAACUACUGAUGAAAUGACCACAGAGUUCUUCCAGAACAUCAGCACCGAGCACCAAACGCAGCUGUAUGAAGUCUACAAACUUGAUUUUUUAAUGUUCAAUUACUCAGUGCCAAGCUACCUGAAAUUGGAAUGA